AGAGCUUCAUUAUUAGCUAGCAGAGCAGUAGAAGAUAGUAAUUUUGUUGUUACUAGAAAAGUAAGCACACAGAACAUAAGUAGAGAGACGAGAGACACUAGAGAGGAAAAACCAAAAACCAAAAACCCUAAUAAAUAAAUAAAAGCUGUUUUCACAUUUUUUUUUUCCGCGGUUUUCUCCUUUGUUUCUUCUACUAUCUCAAGCCAGCAGCAGCAGCAAUUAAAAAAAAUAUUUAACAUAGAUUUUCUCUGCAUUUUUCUCUGAAAGCCGUGCUUUGAUGUGAAAGGAGAAGAAGCUUGAAGACAGACCAAAUCAAUUGGCGAAAUCAAUGCUUCUGGUGGAAUUUUGAAGUUUAAGACAGCUUUCGAGCGAUCUCUCGGGUCUUGUUUGCUGAGAGGAUUUUGCUAUUGCCAGAUCCAAAAAUCAAGAGGCUGUAAUAGCUUUGACUUAGACGAAAGGGGGAGAAAAAGGUCCUUGAAGUGAUUUGAUUGGAUUUUGAGGGGAUAGGUAUCUAUUUGGUCGCUUUUGCUUUACAAGAACCAAAUUAUUAGUUUUUUCUUUGGGAGAUUUUGGGAUCUUGGAGUUGAAUCCGUUGUGGGGGAAUCAGAAUCUUCUUGGUGUUUGGGUCUGUGUACUGUGUUCUUCAAGUUUCAUGUGAUUCAUUGGAGAAGUGGGAAAACGCAGAGAGAAGGUAUUGUCAAGUCUCUGAGUUUUUGUAUUCAUCUGCAAGGAGAGAGUCUUUGGUUCUUGUCUUGAUUUCUCAACUUGGUGGGGGCAGCUCAAUAAUGCAAAGCAAAAAUCCUGAUAUCUUCCAGAAUCUUGUGAGCCUGUCUCUCUCCAAGAAAGUACAAUCCCUCUAAGGAUCGUGUUUAUAAAGAGAAAACUAAGCGAGCGCUCUCUUCUCUUCUCCGCAAUCUUAAAUGAGUCGACUACAGAAGCGAGGGAAGCAGGAAAAGCCUGUAGUAUCUGAUGGCGCUGAAAAGGUCAUUGUGGCUGUUAAAGCGUCUAGAGAGAUUCCAAAGACAGCCUUGAUUUGGGCCUUGACUCAUGUUGUUCAGCCUGGAGACUGCAUUACGCUGAUUGUUGUUGUCCCUUCUCACAACUCGGGACGGAAACUUUGGGGUUUCACAAAGAGUUUCCCUAUGUUUGCUGGGGACUGUGCAAGUGGUCAUCGGAAAUCACAUUCUGAAGCACUACCAGAGAUUAAAAGUGACCUCACUGACACUUGUUCCCAAAUGAUUCUCCAGCUUCAUGACGUCUAUGAUCCGAACAAGAUAAAUGUCAAGAUCAAGAUUGUUUCUGGAUCACCCUGCGGAGCUGUUGCUGCUGAGUCGAAGAAAGCCCAAGCAAACUGGGUUGUACUGGACAAACACCUUAAGCACGAAGAGAAACGGUGUAUGGAUGAAUUGCAGUGUAACAUUGUGGUGAUGAAGCGUUCUCAGGCAAAAGUUCUACGCUUAAAUUUAGUUGGAUCGCCGAGGAAGGGUGCUGAAAAAGAAUCUCCUUUACCAACCGGAGCAGAAGCAGCUUCUGACAAACACACAAAGAACACAAAAGGAUCGUUAGAUUCUGACAGAGGACUACCCGUAACUCCUACAAGUAGCCCUGAGCUGGGGACGCCGUUCACAAGUACAGAAGCCGGGACUUCAUCGGUGUCGAGCUCUGACUUGGGAACUUCGCCAUUUUUCACGUUGGGAAUGAACGGAUACAUGAAGAAGGAUGGAGCAUUGGUGAUCAAGGAGAAUGAUGAUUCCGGCUCUGAAACAGAGAGCGAAAACCAAUCACUAGCGUCGACGAGUAUGAGAUUCCAGCCAUGGAUAUCAGAAUAUAUUGGCGCUCAUCGCCAGUCAUCCCAGGAGGCCGAGGAGAGCCUAUGGAAAAACGAUGACAGGGCUCAAAUAUCCACUACAAAGGCAUUGCUUGAGAAGUUCUCCAAACUGGAUGUAGAAGCUGGGUUGUCGUCUAGUCGAAGGCAUGACCUGGAGUUCAGUGGAAACGUAAGAGAUGCAAUUUCACUCUCUCGGAAUGCUCCUCCUGGUCCGCCUCCUCUCUGUUCUAUCUGCCAGCAUAAGGCGCCAGUGUUUGGGAAACCCCCGAGGCUGUUUUCAUACGCCGAGCUAGAGCUUGCAACUGGUGGGUUUUCACAGGCUAACUUCUUGGCUGAAGGUGGAUAUGGAUCUGUUCAUCGGGGUGUACUACCGGAAGGCCAGGUAGUUGCAGUGAAGCAACACAAACUGGCCAGUUCUCAAGGAGAUGUAGAGUUCUGCUCCGAAGUGGAAGUUCUCAGCUGUGCUCAGCACAGAAAUGUCGUUAUGCUUAUUGGUUUCUGCAUUGAAGACAGCAGACGGCUCUUGGUCUAUGAAUACAUAUGCAACGGUUCACUUGACUCACAUCUAUACGGUCGCCAAAGGGAAACACUUGAAUGGCCAGCACGGCAAAAGAUUGCUGUUGGAGCUGCAAGAGGACUUAGGUAUCUUCACGAAGAGUGCAGAGUUGGCUGUAUUGUCCACAGAGACAUGCGUCCUAACAACAUCCUCAUCACUCAUGAUAAUGAGCCACUGGUUGGAGAUUUUGGUCUAGCGAGAUGGCAGCCUGAUGGGGAACUUGGUGUAGAAACACGAGUGAUAGGAACGUUCGGCUAUUUAGCUCCAGAAUAUGCUCAAAGCGGACAAAUCACAGAGAAAGCGGAUGUCUACUCGUUCGGGGUUGUUCUAGUGGAGCUAGUCACAGGCCGCAAAGCCAUUGAUAUUACCAUGCCGAAAGGCCAGCAAUGCCUCACUGAAUGGGCACGUCCGCUACUUGAAGAAUAUGCAGUAGAAGAACUUAUCGAUCCGAGGCUUGGAAACCGCUUUGUAGAAAGUGAGGUCAUUUGUAUGCUUCAUGCAGCUUCGCUGUGCAUACGUAGAGACCCACAUUUGAGGCCACGCAUGUCUCAGGUGUUGCGUAUACUGGAAGGAGAUAUGAUAAUGGACGGGAACUACGCAUCAACGCCAAGCUCAGAGGUAGGCAACAGAAGCGGACGGUUCUGGGCGGAUCAUUACAGCAGUCAGCUAGGGAAUGAUGGGUCGGAUAGAUUCAGUGAAAGGCUGUCUACUGAAACGCCAAGACUAGCUUUACGGGAGAGGGAAAGAGGGACACUGAACCACAACAAGCAAUACUAAGAUUAAGAGUGCAAAGCCGAGUAAAAUCACAUAACUGUGUUUUAUGGAGAAAGAUUAGUUGAUAGGGUAUUAAGUAAAGUCCCCUGUUUUGUUGUGGUCCAAAACUGACAAGAAAGCUUUUUUGGACCCAUUUUUUUUGGUUUGUAUAGAGGGUAAGAUGCAAAAACCGUUGCUUAAAUAUGUUAUCAAGAAAUUUGAAAUUGUUUUUGGUAAAAGGAAUGACUAAAAUAGCAAAACAACAAUUGGCGUUUUU